CUCACGGUCUCACGUUUUUAUUCCCCUCCUUCCUCAACUUUUUGCUUUCAGUCACGACGAAGGAUAUUUUAUUUUUGCUUUAUCAUUGAUGGUGUAGGCAAAUGAGUUAUAUAGAGUCAAAUUUUGGAGGGAGAAAACGUGGAGAUCGUGUAAAUUUGUUAAAAAGAAGACAAAAGUAAGUAACAAACUCCAAAUUACUAUCAUACAUCUCAUGCAUGCCAUCCAGCAAAUCACGCUAAUCAGUAUUAAUUUCUUGCCUUUUAAAGUCCAUUAUAUCUCCUCAAUUCAUUAACAAAAUCUUGAUUAUACACAACAAUAUAGUUAUGGAGAUAUUCAAGUGUCAAGCAAUCUUGAUUAUAGUAUUAUUGUUGUAUGUUGAGUCAGUGAAAUCAGAAAUUCCUCUAGCACCAGCACUAUAUGUUUUUGGGGAUUCAAUAUUUGACAGUGGAAAUAAUAAUCUUUUGCCAACUUUAGCUAAGGCUGAUUUCAAACCAUAUGGUUCGAAUUUUAACGGAGGCAGAGCUACUGGAAGGUUUACAAAUGGAAAAACUGUUGCUGAUUUUAUUGCUGAAUUUCUUGGACUGCCUUUUUCUCCACCCUAUGUGAGAUUACGAAGAGGAUCAAUUAAACUCACAGGGUUGAAUUAUGCAUCUGGAUCGUGCGGUAUUUUACCUUAUACAGGAAACUUCCUUGGCAAGUGCCUACAUUUUUCUGAGCAGGUUGAUUUAUUCCAACGAACGGUGAAGCGAGAAUUACCUAGACAAUUUGAUGAUCCUGAGGAACUUUCUAGUUAUUUGUCAAGGUCAAUUUUUCUCAUUUCAACAGGCAGUAAUGACUACGUAAACAACUAUCUACAACCAAAUUUGUAUGGCACAAGCAAGGACUAUACUCCUGAGUCAUUUGCUAAACUUCUCAUUAAUGUACUUUCACAACAAUUUCAGAGGUUAUAUGAGCUAGGAGCAAGAAAGGUGAUAGUGUUCGAGAUAGGACCAAUUGGUUGCAUUCCAUCAUUUACUAAAAAGCUUAGCCACAAUGAACGUUGCGCUGAAACAUACAACGAUCUCGCAGUAAUGUUCAACAACCAGCUGAGUGACAUGCUCAAAAAUUUCACUUCGACCCUCCCUGGCUCCACCUUUAUUCUUGGACAUGCUCACUGGCUUGGCUACGAUGCCAUCAUCAAUCCUUUUACCUACGGUUUAAUGGAUCCAAGUAGUCCGUGUUGCGUCACUUGGGGAAAUGGGACAUCAGCUUGCAUACCAGAACUUGUGCCCUGUCGAGAUGCAGAUAAACACUAUUUCUGGGAUGGUUAUCAUCUUACUGAAACAGUGUAUAGAGUUAUUGCCACUAAAUGUUUCAAUGACACAUCUGUUUGUAUCCCAAAUAAUAUUAAGGAACUUGUGGAAGGUUAAUAAGAGACUUUUUGUUUCUUUUUCCUUUAAGAAAAGAAAAAGUUUGUAUAUGCAGUUAGUACAAGAAUCGUUAUAAAGUUUUAAGAAUUUUUCUGCCCUGA